GCGUGCGGGGCGCGGCGGGGCAGCCAGCCAGCCAGGGCGGGACGGACGGAGUCGGGCCCGCCGUCCCUCCGAGACAGCGUUCCUCCGGCCGUCCCUCCGAGGCGUGCGGGGCCCGGGCGGCGAGCCCCGCGGCGGCAGUGGGUCGGAGCGGCUGCGCGGAGCUGUCAGCAUGGCCGGUGUCUCUGAGCCCUACAUUGAAAUAUUUGAACAACCCAGGCAAAGGGGCAUGCGUUUCAGAUACAAAUGUGAGGGAAGAUCAGCAGGCAGCAUUCCAGGAGAACACAGCACUGAAAACAAUAAGACCUUCCCUUCCAUACAGAUUCUGAACUAUUUUGGAAAAGUCAAAAUAAGAACUACUUUGGUAACAAAGAAUGAACCCUACAAGCCACACCCUCACGACCUGGUUGGAAAAGACUGCAGAGAUGGCUACUAUGAGGCAGAGUUCGGGCCAGAACGACGAGUCCUGUCUUUUCAGAACUUGGGCAUUCAGUGUGUGAAGAAGAAAGACUUGAAAGAAUCAAUUUCUUUACGAAUCUCAAAGAAGAUUAACCCUUUCAAUGUGCCUGAAGAGCAGCUGCACAACAUUGAUGAGUAUGAUCUCAAUGUCGUCCGCCUCUGCUUCCAAGCUUUCCUCCCUGACCAACACGGCAACUACACCUUACCUCUUCCUCCUUUGAUUUCCAACCCGAUCUAUGACAACAGAGCUCCCAACACUGCAGAACUAAGAAUCUGUCGUGUGAACAAGAACUGUGGCAGCGUAAAAGGAGGAGACGAAAUAUUUCUACUGUGUGACAAAGUUCAGAAAGAUGACAUAGAAGUCAGGUUUGUCUUGGACAACUGGGAGGCCAAAGGUUCCUUCUCACAAGCCGACGUUCACCGUCAAGUUGCAAUUGUGUUCAGGACGCCGCCGUUCCUCAAAGACAUCACCGAGCCCGUCACGGUGAAGAUGCAGCUGCGAAGACCUUCAGACCAGGAAGUCAGUGAACCUAUGGAUUUCAGAUACCUGCCAGAUGAAAAGGAUCCAUAUGGCAACAAAGCAAAAAGGCAGAGAUCAACACUGGUUUGGCAAAAGCUCGUGCAGGACUGUGGAUCAAAUGCAACAGAGAGGCCCAAAGCAGCUGCGUUUGCCACUGUCCCUCCUGAAGGGAAGCUGAUUAAGAAAGAACCGAACCUGUUUUCGCCAGCAGUGCUGAUGCCGCCGCUCGGAUCCCUGCCCAACACUAGCCCCAUGUACCCCGUCUGCAACACCCCUGCCCAUGCACCCACGGGGCCGGGGAAGCAGGACCCGCUCUCCUCGUGCUGGCAGCAGCUCUACAGCAGCCCCUCUUCCUCCGGCAGCCUGCUCAACGUGCACCCCCAGAACAGCUUCGGGGCAGACGUGCCUCAGGCUGCGGCUCAGGGCGGCAGCGCUGUCUCGGCGUUCCACGACAACCCUCUGAACUGGCCCGACGACAAGGAUUCCGGCUUCUUCCGGAACUUUGUCGGCACCAACGGGAUGGGAGCGGUGGCGGUGUCCACUGCAGACAUGCAGAGCGUUUCCAGCAACAGCGUCGUGCCCCAGGCUCAUCCCGCCAGCAUCUCCACAGCCAGCAUCAUGAACAUGGAGACCGAUGACAUGAGCUGCACUAGUAUCAACUUUGACAAGUAUAAUCCGGUGUUAAAUGCGAGCAAUCACAGGCAGCAGCUCCAUCAGGUGCCUUCAGCUUGCCCAUCCGUAGCCCCCCCGGGCAGCAACACGCCUUUUAAUUCCCAGGCUAACUUAGCUGAUGCGUCAGUUUAUGGUUUUCUAGAGCAAGAAGUUCUAAGCGAACCAAGACUAUCCAGCAACCCUCUCCCAAACCAGCAGAGCAGCAUUGCAGAUAGCCAGUACUAUGACACCGAUGGUGUCCACACCGACGAGCUCUAUCAGUCUUUGACAUUUGAGAACAUAUUACAGAGCUAUAACCAUUGAGCCAGCAGGGUCAGGCUGGAAGCGGGUACGUAGCCCUUUUCAGAUGACUAGCUGUGGGAAGAAGAGUAACUUACCCUUCUGGACUCCCUACUUUCUCUUUCAGAAUGUUACUAUGCAAGUUUCAUGAUAUAACUAAAGGUUAUCUAUUGCAGCCCAAAGGCUGGUGCCCAUAGUGAGGUAGGAAUUAGGGUUUGGGGUUCUACACCUUAAAAGUACCUUGUAUACACAUUUUUACACUGUUGAAAAAGGGAACUGUUAACACUUCAGUCUUCCUAACAGUUUUAGCUAUGGGAACUUAAACUUCAAUUUUGAUAGGACAGAAAUUAGAAAAGACCCUGCACCUGGACACUCCUGUUCAGACUCACCUCAUGAUGAAAGUUUUACUCAAUAUACUUGGAAGGUUUAGGUUUCCUACCCUCUGUCGUAUGAAAUAUUCUUCUCCCUAAACAAGACCAUGCGUUGAUGUUCCACAUUUGUACCACACACACUCCAUUUGCUUUGAAGGCAAAUUGACUCUCAAAUUUUUUUUUAAUGACUAUGUCAUUGUUAGAUAUAUUUUAAAAGACCGGAAGGUUUGAGUUUUUAAAUAGUCCACCUCUGUUGUAAAUGAAUCUCUGCACAAAAGAAUGAACAGAAAGUAAGGACUUCUCUGCACUUCAUCCAAAGUGCGCUAUGUUAAAUGCCAAACCCCUGUUGCUUUAGGAAUGGAGCAUGCUGUUAUUCCUCUGGAAGUCUGUGAGUGUGUGUGUAUGUGUGUGUGUGUAACUGUGGUGUGUAUGUUGCUUUGAACUGCAGAAAUACGUUGAGCCGAAGCAUCUGCUUAUUCUUUCCUCAGGUAUCCUGGCAGUUUCCUGCUAUGCAAGUGACUGCUUAAGAGAAGGCUCAGAUUCUGCCUCCCCUUCCCAAGCAAGCUCUGGGGCGAAGCCAGAGGCAGCCUCAGUGCAGCCUCAUCUAGAUGCAUUCUACUAACAACUUCAGGCCAUGUCAGGCAGUACUAACUACAAAGACUCCUCUACUCUGUCUCAGAAACCAGCACUCUUCCCUUCCACUUGAUUCCCAGUCUUCCCUCUUAGCCUGAGCUGCGAGAUGUUGUGACACCUCGCGUGGAUGUAAGUGGCUAGGUAAGACACCCUACUCUGCAUUACAGGGCUUUGCUGUUUUAUUAUUAGUAUUAUUAUUUUUUAAGAAGCAACACAGCAAGAAAUAUAUGAGUAUUUCUUAAGUUAUAUAGCUGGUUUAUAUGGCAGAUAAGGCUUUACAGAACCUGUUACCGUUUGGCAACAGAAAACUGCACCACGGAGAGAAGCAAUCAAAAAAUCACACUGCUACAUUAAAAACCCACAACCUCAAAUCAGGAAAAAAGCCCCUUAAGAUGUAUAGUUGUACACAAGGCAGCGAGCAACACCACAACCCCUCUGGUUUCUAGGAAAGCAACAACUCCUUGACCGCAGGGGUGGGUUGCACUGGCAGCAGCCUUCCAGCGGCCACACCGCUUGCACAGCGUACACUCCUUGGACAAGGUGUUCAGUAGAGGAGGUUUGGAAAACUGCUUCAUACAGGAUGCAAUGAAUUGAUUCUCUUGUGUUAGAAAGCAGUUUUCCCACACUCCUGCCUAGCUCCUCUGCAGUCUGAAGUCACAGAAAGACGAAAGAAAUACAAAGAAAGCUUGGAAUGUGUUUAUUCAGUUCUUUUAUUGAAGUUCUCAAUUUUAAGUAUAGUAAAUGUAAACAUUUUACUCACUUCAUAGAAAGCUCUUUAUAGUACAAUUUGUUUUUACUGUAUAAUUAAAUAUUUUCAAAGUUCU